AUGUUGCAUCAGCAUGUCUGCAUACUAAGUAUACUUUCGACAAGUUUCGUUUUAAUUUAUGCACUCAUUUCAUUGAGAUUAUCAUUGCCUGAACAAUCUUUACCAAAUUUAAGUGAAGAAGAAUUUGUAAUAACUGAAUCUAUUCAAAAAAUCAUCCGAAACAAAUCUCAUAUUGAAAUAUAUGAUUGUAUUUUAUGUUUAAUUUAUUGGUUAAAUGAAUAUAUCAGUACUGUAAUUCCCCAUAAAUUUGCAUUUCAUCGAUACUGGUUAUAUAGAAAAAUCUUAAAUAUAUUUUGGGAUUUAGUUGUCAAGUCAUUCAUUUGGUUUUCAACAUUCUCCUCAAUUUACACAAUGAUUAUUUUACUUGAUGAGAUUGGUUCAAUUGACAAUUUAAUCAUGAUACAUUUUAAAAAAAUAUUUGAGAAAAUUCAUUCGAAAGAUAUAAAUUCUGAUCAGCUUAUCAUAUAUUUCAACUAUUUUGAAAAUAUACAAAGACAAUAUAAGUGCUGUGGAAUAUAUUCUAUAGAAGACUGGCUCGGUGUAACCCAAUACCAGGGAUUGUUUACUGAAGUAAGUAAUGAAUUACUGGAUCCAUGGGAAAGGGUUUCUAAUAGUAUUCCGAAAAGCUGUUGUGACCUAGAAGAAACAGUCAGUUGUUCUCAAUAUUUUCUUAAAUCAAUCGCACUGAAAGCAUUUCAUUCCACAAACGAUCGAGUAUUUCAUAACAGCACCACAUUUAUUCAUACAGACGGAUGUUUGAACAAGGUAGCUGCUGAAGAACGACAGAUAAUGUACACUUUUAUCAUUAAAUACGGAAUUAUAGGCAUAUGUCUACAUAUCAUACGGUUGACUAUGUUUUGCGUUGUCUAUAAUCACGCCGAAAUAAAAAAUGUAAAUAAACUAGCAGAAAUCAAACAGCACUCUUUUACGAGUUCAAUUUACUUCAGUCCAUUAAAAAACACGCGCUACAUAUCUAACUCACACUUAUCGAUUGCCUGUGGUAGUUAUUGGCUUUUCGGACAACCAGCUUUUAAGCAGCUACAAUUUGGAAAGUUGAAAUCACAGUGGUUGGAAAAAAGUAUAUGUAUAGGUUGGAUGUUUUACAAAAAAGGCAAACAUUACAUAACAUUUCUACAUCGAAUAAACUUUCAGAAAAAAGGUGCACAAUUGAAUGAGUUUCGCCAGUUUCUGCGCUUUUCGAUACCAGCUUUUGAAAUGAUGAUCUAUGCUGACGGUAAUGAUAAAGAAGAGAUUGAAGCAAAUAUGAUCUACGGUGGUUAUAUUGCACGACUCUCAAGAAUGAUAUGCUUCCUGUUGUUUGGGAUCUUCAUUGGUGAGUUUUUCUUAGCAACAGUAAUACCUGUUAAAAAUGAAGCUAAUGAAUUGACUUCUGGUGAUAAAAGAAUACCAGAUUAUAUUAUUCAAAGAGACGCUGAAGCACUGGCGAAUGAUGUCGAGUGGAUAGCUAGAAUAUUUAUUCGAAUUACAAUCACACUAACUGCUAUGGUUUCGUGCAGAUUUCGUUGUCUUCUCCUAUUAAUAAUUCCAAGCUUAGCUCAGACAAUCGGUUUGUCCUAUUUAGGCAAUGAAUUAUUAUAUGUGUCUAUAACAGGACCCAUUCAAAAUUUAGAACAUAAUCUUCGUUCAGCGUCUCAAUCAAUAAUUUGUUUCAUUAAACUAGCCUACAAUAUUACAAGGGAUAUCAACAAUUUUCUAGAGAAGGGUAAAGAAGUAAUUGAAUCAGAAGGGGAUUUAAAUUAUAUUGAGACUAUUAAAGUUAGAUCUGAUCAACUUAAAGAAAAAAUAAAUAAAUAUAACCAAUCAAUUCAAAAUAUCAAUACGGAAAUUGAAAAAGCGAAAACCAUGGUGAAACGUGCUGAAUCUUUUCUUGGCUCAAGUAUUAAUGAAACGAAUGUAUAUGCUCGUAUGUCAAUGGAAAUGGCUAAACAGGCUAAGCAAGAAAUGAUUAAAAAAGCUGAGGCAAGUAAAGAUAGCAUUAUUACAAUGUUGAAAGACAAAAAUGUCAAUAAAAAAUACAGUAUAGAAACUCGUAUGCAAACAACAUGUAUGGUCUUCUACAAAACACGUGCAAUGAUAUGUGAACAAUCAUCAAUUAAAGCAUGUAGUCGUUUACAAACUAUUCUCAUUGCAACAACACGCUAUCCCUUAUUGAUAAAAAAUACUUGUCUACGAAGAAUUGCUUCUGGUAUAGCAUGUCCAACUGAUCAAACACUUGAAAAUGCAAUAAAUCAGUGUAGUUCAAGUUUAGCAAAAAUAGGCUAUUCUAGUGGAUUUGGUUCUUUAUUUUUACAAGCUCAACAAGAUUUAUAUAAUAUUAAACAAACAUUUCACUUUAUCAUACAACAUAAAUUGUUUCAAUUGAACAAAUCACUAAUUGGUUUCAUCAAAGAUCUACAGUUAUUGAUCGUUUUAAUUUUAACUUAUUUAUUAAGAACAAUUUGUUUAAUUGUAUUUUAUAAAGCUCAUAUUUAUAUAACAAAUUAUUUAUUAGAUCCAGAUCAUGAUAAUAUUUACAUUGAAUCACCAUUUGAAAAAAUUGAUCAUAAACGUUCAAAACAAUUACGUGAAACAUUACUACCAUUAAAAACAUAUGAAUUGAAUAAUGUAAUAUGGUAUCAAAAAAUGUAUACAACAAUUGAAUUAAAACGUGUAAUUCAAAGUUUAAUUAAAGUAAUUGGUUUCGGUUUUUGUUUAUCUAUAUUAUUCUUUAUUGAUUUUUAUAUAACUGAACUUGUUCAAUUAUUAGAUGAAAUAUCAAGUACUACAAUUAAAAUUGGCAAUCAAAUAAAUAAUAAUAAAAAUUAUACAUUUCAACAAAUUAAUUCAAUAUCAAAUCAAUAUAAAUUCAUUUUAAAAGGUGAUGGAAUAUUUACUGAAUUACUUCAAAAAACCAUCAAAAUUUUACAAUAUGCUAGUGAUAUAAAUUUUAUUUAUCACUUAGAUAUAUGUAGUCCUAAUGUUGAAUUUACAAAGUUUAAAUCUGUUAUACGUUUUAUUAUAUUAUGGUUUAUAAUGAUAAUUCUUUGUUUAUUAUCUGGUUAUAUAUUACGUUUAAGACAUAAAUUAUUAAAUAAUUUCUAUCCAAAUUGUUCAAAAUAUCGUUUUAUUUAUUUAUAUAAUAAAUUAUUAGUGAAUAGACGAUGUCAAAUGACCACGGUACGUAAUCGAAUUGUUUAUCAAUCACGACAUAAUCAAUUACAAUCAGAAAUGAUAAAGUGUUCAUCUUAUUCAUUAUUACAUAAUUUAUUUAAGAAAAAGAAUAAAAUUCAUUGUAUUAUAUGUAUGGAAAAAUAUAUAAUAAAUAAUAAUUCAUUAUUAUAUAUAUGCCCAUAUGAUAAUACAGUCAUAUGUCAAUAUUGUUUAAUUACUUUAUUUAAUAAUCAUAAACUAUGUAUUACUUGUUUAGAUAGAAAUUAUGAAAAAUUACAAAAAAUUAAUAAUAAUAUUACAAUAUUAAAACAAAUUAUAAUGAAUCAAUAAAUGAAAUGGCUAACAACAACAAAACUACAGUUUUUUGUUUGUUGUUGAUUAAAUGAAUUCAACAUAGAAACAAUAAAUCAAUAAUUAAACUUAAUGAAAUCUACAUGUAAAUUAUCAUUUAUGAAUUAAUGUUUGAUUUUUGUGUGUGUGUAUGUGUGUACUUAUAAUUAUAAGUAAUAUUUGAUUGUUUUGUUUUCUAUUUGAAUUUAUACAAUAUUUUAUUGUUUAAAG